AUGUUGCCCAUUAUCAUCUUUCUACAAGAGUAUAUAUUAUACCUUCACUCGUAAAUCUUUCUGUCUUGUUUCAACACAUUGUUAUCACAUUCAGCACACUCUCACUACAUUCUCAAUUAAUAUGGCAGCCACGACCAUUCUCGUAGUCGGUGCCACUGGAAAGCAAGGUGGUCAGGUAAUGGCCGCCCUUCUCAAUAGUGGAAGGUCACAGCUCUCCCUCCGCUUUCUCACGCGGAACGACUCUUCCCCCAGUGCAACCGAACUCAUCUCCAAAGGUGCCACAGCUGUUGUAGGCAAUCUUUCCGACCGCCAAUCACUUCUCACAGCUCUCAAAGGCGUUGAUCGAGCGUACCUUGUCACCGACGCCGGUGCGGGUGAAGAGAAGGAGGCGGAACUAGGUAUCAAUUUUGUUGAAGCUGCCAAGGAGGCUGGAGUAUCACAUAUGGUCCUUUCCAGUGUAUCUGCGGCGGACUUGGCGGAGGACGUGCCGCAUUUCCGCUCUAAAGCUAAAGUUGAGCGAAGUCUUCAGACCUCUGGAAUGUCAUACACAAUCUUGCGCCCAGUUGCAUUCAUGGACAACUUUCCAGUUGCUCCAGGGUUUGCUCGUUUCAUGGUGGUCGGCAUGUUCUAUGCUGCUAUUGGAGGACGCAAAUGUCAGCUCAUUUCCGUCAAAGAUAUUGGAAUCUUUGGGGGAAUGGCUUUACUUGACCCGGAUUCUCCCCACUUUCACAAUGCCAUUUUAGAUCUUUCAGGUGGCAAUUACGACAUCUCCGACGUUCGUCGUGCCGUAUAUGCAGCUCAAGGCAAAGGUCAGCCAUGGUUUGCAACCUAUACCCCCAAGCUUGUCCGUAGACUUCUGCCUUACGACUUCAGACAAAUGAUGAUCUAUCUUGAGCUUGUGGGCUAUCCUGACAUCGAUACUGCAAAACUACGGGAAAUUUAUCCAGAUCUGAUGACUUUGGAGCAGUACUUCCGACAAGAUUUAUAGAGGAACUUCUAUAGGAGCGGGCCCUGCUUGGGAGAUUUGUCUUGUAUAUAUAGUACUGCUUCCUGGAUUUCGAAAUCAAGAAGAAACACGGUUGGGCGUUCAAUGGGGCGCGAGAUAUGGUUGUUUAAAAUGUAUGGAUAUAUGAUGGCUUAUAAAAUCGCGAUUUGUUACGGCAUGUACUUCACAUAUUUGUUUCUGGAAAAAUAAUUCCCCUAUAUAUCCACAUUAGCCUAUUGUGGCCCCAAUAUAGUCCAAAGUAUGCAUGAAUAG